AUGUCCACCUGUGGACCAGAUUCCCGCCAGCCCCAGGUGGGGCCACCCCUGCAGUCCCCUGGUCCCUGCACGCAGCUGCUGCCCAACGGGGACGCGGGGAACGGGAUCUGCCGGGCUGUGCCCAGCACACAGAAACCACCCCGAAAGCUGCAGCCACACCACUCCAUCAACAGCCAGGGCAGCAAGAAGAGCAAGGGCAGCUCCAAGUCACCCUCCUCCCACAUCCCCAUUGAGGCGCAGGAAGAUUGCUGCGUGCACUGCAUCCUCUCCUGCCUGUUCUGCGAGUUCCUGACCCUGUGCAACAUCGUGCUGGACUGUGCCACGUGCGGCUCCUGCACCUCGGAGGACUCCUGCAUCUGCUGCUGCUGCUGCAACUCGGGCGAGUGCGCGGACUGCGACCUGCCCUGCGACAUGGACUGCGGCAUCAUCGACGCCUGCUGCGAGUCUGCCGACUGCCUGGAGAUCUGCAUGGAGUGCUGCGGGCUCUGCUUCUCCUCCUGAGGGCCCCUCUGGGCGGGGGGAGCUGCGCCAGGACCCCCCAGAUCUCCCAUGGUGGGUCAGGCUCCGGCUGGGCCCUCAGGAGGCCUUGUUGAGGAAGAGGAGGAGGAAGAGGAGGAGGAGAGUGAAUCUCCCGCUGGAAUCCUCGUCCUUGGAGCGUGUCCUGCCCGGGGAAGGCUGAACCCAGAGGGCCACAGGAACUCUGGUGGUGUCCUGGCCUGCGCUACCUCUGCCAGCACUGGGGGGCUGUGGGAGCCUCCUGCCACCUGAGCCGAGAGCAGGAGUGACUGUCACACAGAGC